UUUAAGGAACUCCACCCAAGGUGGAGUCCUCACUGUAGUAACACCUCUCUUCUGGCCCAGCCUGGGCGGAAGAAGACGAAAUCACCCCACGCACAGAGGUUGCCUAGAGGGAGCACCUCACGUUCUGACCUGUGUGGGACAGCUCGGAGCCUCCAAGAAACCCCGCCCUAGAGGACGCGCAAAGACUUGCUGCUGUUUUUCCUUGAAGCUCUUGCCCUAGGCUGGCGUUCUCCUAAGUGUUUCGACCAAUCCCGGAAGAAAAAGGGAAGGUGCGGGGCCGCGAAAGAGAAACCCGAGAAGAGAACGUAGCCUGGCACGCAGUCAAGACAGGGACGGGUGGGGGUGUGAGUGGAACAGCUGUCUAGCGAUCAGCUCAGGAGUAUGAGCCUACAGCAGGACCGCGUGAGCUUCAGACACUUCAGGAGUCCUCAGCUAGAGACAAGGGCGAUAUGGAUCAACUCAUAAACAACUUGGAAGUCCAAUUUAGUGCAGAAAGUUGCUCAAUGCAGGCUUUCAAACAGGUCAUUGACACUGUUCAUAACAGAGACACCCUGGAGCCAACAGACAGAAGUAAUAUUGCAUCUCCACCACUCCUGGAUGAUAGCUCUAUGGAGAACCCAGAACUGUUUAAUGACAUCAAGAUUGAGCCCCCAGAAGAACUUCUAGAUAAUGAUUUCAACCUGCCCCAGGUGGAACCAGUUGACCUCUCCUUUCACAAGCCUAAAGAUCCUCUCCAGCCUGCUAGCAUGCUUCAAGCUCCCAUAUGUUCCCCCAAACCACAAUCUUCUCUUCAGAUCCCUGUGGUUUCCACAUCAUCAUCUGACAUGAACAUUCCAGCUAAGUUUCCUACUGUUCUUGCUCCAAGCUCUGUCUUGCCCACCUCUCAGGGAACUGGUGGCCAGCAGAUCUUACAUGUGAUACACACUAUCCCUUCAGUCAGCCUGCCAAAUAAAAUAGGUGGACUGAAGGCCAUACCAGUGGUGGUACAGUCUUUACCCCUGGUGUACACCAAUAUGCCUGUGGAUGGGAGUCCUGCAUCCAUUACAGUUCCACUUAUUGGAGGAGAUGGCAAAAAUGCUGGAUCAGUGAAAGUUGACCCCACCUCCAUGUCUCCUUUGGAGAUUCCAAGUGACAGUGAGGAGAGCUUAAUGGAGAGUGGAACUUCGGCCUUACAGAGUCUACAAGGACUGCAGCAACAAUCAAGAAUAAUGACCCAACUGCAGGGAGAAGAGUCACUAGAUUUGAAGAGAAGACGGAUUCACCAAUGUGACUUUGCGGGAUGCAACAAAGUAUAUACUAAAAGCUCUCAUCUGAAAGCUCAUCGUAGAGUCCAUACAGGAGAGAAACCGUAUAAAUGUACCUGGGAUGGCUGCUCCUGGAAAUUUGCUCGCUCAGAUGAGCUCACACGCCAUUUCCGUAAGCACACAGGCGUCAAACCCUUCCAGUGCACAGACUGCAACCGCAGCUUUUCUCGCUCUGACCACCUGUCCUUGCACCGCCGACGCCAUGACACCAUGUGAGCACCACAGGCCAUUCCAGAGGACCUGUGCUAGUUUGUUUCCUAUGUAUAUGCUGAGAUGACAACCAUAUUUUUGCUCUUUGAGUUCGACUUUCCUCUGGAAUGGGAUUGGAGCAGCCUACUGAGCCAGGUUGACGAGACUAGAGAAAAGAUAGCUGGCUUUCCAUGGGACCCUAUAUAUUCCACCUUCACCUCUCCUCUGUCUAGAUUUAACUUUUUUUUCAACCGCUGCAUGGGUUGAAUUCUAGUGUGGCACCCAUGGCUGCCUCCAACUCCAGUCUCCUCUCCUCUGAAACAGACGUUCUUCCUACAAUAGCAAAACAGGAAUCAAACUCAAGGCUGUGAAAAAACAUGCUUCUUUCUUCUCCCUUUAUUUUACUCUUGUUUUCUAGAAUGAGUACAUAUACAUCCUAAUACAAUUUUUUUCAAUUCCUGGAUGGAAGAAGGAUAAAUAUGUAGUUGAUCAGUAUACUAUUUAUUGAGAUUUCUGACCUAGUGAUAAGACACAUUAUCAGUAAAUAAGGUGAGUGUUAUAUCAACUUAAACAUUUUGUAAAUUCAGUUGUAUUUCUACUUGUGAUUUGGUUUUUAGUCAGUGCUGGUGCUUCUUUUUAAGUCCAUCAAAAAGAAUAAAGAAAUAUUCUUAUACUCCUUUUCCUACUUCA